GUGUCGCCCAGCCCCAUCGUCCAGUCUGCACGCUGGGGUACUUGCGACUUUCUGUUCAGUGACAGUGCUAUUACUUGUUUUCUUGCAGCUAAGAAACACUGGAAGCUGAUUUGUGGUGUCCGCUACAUUCAUAAUGAAUAAUACCGGGUACAGCAAACCAGGAAAAACUUUCCUCUUUACAUCGGAAUCUGUCGGUGAAGGUCACUCUGAUAAAAUGUGUGAUCAAAUAAGUGAUGCUGUUUUGGACGCCUAUCUUUCCCAAGACCCUGACUCCAGAGUUGCAUGUGAAUGUGUGGCUAAGACGGGUAUGAUCCUGCUCUGUGGAGAGGUAACUUCAAAGGCAGUAGUUGAUCUUCAGAAAGUGGUCAGAGACACUGUGAAGAAUAUUGGAUAUGAUGACUCAUCCAAAGGUUUUGACUACAAGACCUGCAAUGUGCUUGUGGCCUUGGAGCAACAGUGUGCUGAGAUUAGUGACUGUGUGUUUGAAGGUCGUGAUGAGGAGGACAUUGGUGCUGGUGAUCAGGGUUUAAUGUUUGGCUAUGCAACAGAUGAGACAGAGGAAUGCAUGCCGUUGACCAUCCUCUUGGCUCAUAAGCUCAAUUAUAAGAUGAAAGAGCUGUCACGGAAUGGAGAGUGUUCCUGGAUACUACCUGACUGUAAAUCGCAGGUUACAGUGGAAUACCGUGAUAACAACGGAGCCAUGGAGCCAAUUCGAGUUCACACAGUGGUCAUCUCAGUGCAGCAUAAACCCGACAUUACAUUAGCUGAAAUCCGACUGAAUCUGAUGGAAAAAGUGGUCAAAGCAGUUAUUCCAGCCAAUUACAUAGAUGAAAGAACUAUAUAUCACCUACUGCCAAGUGGAAAAUUCCUAAUGGGUGGCCCACAGGGAGAUGCAGGUCUUACAGGCAGAAAGAUCAUUGUCGACACAUAUGGUGGCUGGGGUGGUCAUGGUGGUGGUGCCUUCUCUGGGAAGGAUUGCAGCAAAGUGGAUCGUUCUGGAGCUUAUGCUGCCCGCUGGGUGGCCAAAUCACUUGUAAAAGCCAAGCUAUGCAGAAGGGCACUGGUACAGAUCUCAUAUGCCAUUGGUAUAAGCCAUCCUUUGUCAAUCUCAAUUUUCCAUUAUGGGACAUCCAUCAGAGAUGAAGAUGAGCUUUUGGAAAUUGUUCAGAAGAAUUUUGACUUGAGACCAGGGGUAAUUGUCAAACAGCUUGGUCUGAAGAAACCAAUUUUUCAGAAAACUGCCAGCUUUGGACAUUUUGGAAGAGAGGAAUUUCCCUGGGAGAAGGCAAAAAAAAUGGUGUUUUAGUGUUUUAGUUAUAACCAAGAAAAUAAUUCCUUGUGGCUUGCUGUUUUCAAUUGAAAUGGUUUACACUGAGGAAGGGAACCUUCUUUCUCUACAUUUCACAUCCAUUUUGAUGAUUGUUUCUUAAUUCACACUGUUGUCAAGCUGAUUUUAGAGUAAAAAGAGAAAUUGCUAAACCAGAUGACAGAUUAAACUGCUUGCUGUAUUGCUUGAAUCUAAUGUAAAUUAUGUACUACUCAUACAGUAUGUAAUCAUACAAUAUACUGAAAUGGCACAGAAUUAUUUUACCAGAUUUUUAAGAAAACAAAUAUUUUAUAAUCUGCGUUUCCUAAAAAAUAAAUAAAUUUGUUUUGAAAAUUGAA